AUGGAGAUGAACUCUAUUGAGGAUGAUUCGGAUUCAGGAGAGAGUAGUAGUAGUAGCAGUAGUAGUAGUAGUAUGAAUGAUGAGGAUGAGGAUGAUCAAAUUUCGGGUUGGGCACUUACGCGAGCAGUGAGAGGUGCCAAACGUCUUUUCAUCACACUUGAAAACAUCAACCUCGUGAGACAAGUUGUGAAUGAAAUUGCGGAGCGUGAUGGUUCUCUAUGUGAAUUAUCGAAAAGAUUUGAGUUUGGUAGCAUUUGCAAUUCAACCAAGAUUUAUGAAAUUUUGAAUAUUCGCAAAGCAUGUCAUGAGAACUCGACAAAGGUUGUUAAAACAAUGGUGUGGAAAAUGAACAAUGAUUUGGAGAAGAAUAGUUCUGACCAUGAUACUUCAUUUAAGGAAAUUGAAACAAAAUCAGUUCCUAUUGGUUUUGGGCUGAAAGAAUUAUCAUUCCAAAACGUGGAACUCAGAAGAGAGCAUCUGUUUAGAAUCUUGACAAAAUGUUGUGAACUUGAAAAAUUAGAUUUGUGCAUUUCAGAGUCUCAAAGUCGACGUGGAAAGCCACCCCGCAUCGAGGAAGAAGAAGAUGAAUUUUUUAAUAAGCAAGAGGGUCAUAUAUUUAUUCCAGUAUUUGAGACCCUUAAAUCUUUGACAUUGAAUGCACCAUAUUACUACGAUGAAGCUGAAAAAUUUAUGUUUGACAUUUUAACAAUUUGCCCACGCUUGGAAGAGUUGUAUUACACUUUUAAUAGUGACAUUUAUAACUCGUUUAUUAUCCAGCUUGCAAAAUUGUGCCCUAACCUCAAGAAAAUCCAAAUUUUAUGCAACGAUGACUGUUCAUCAGAACUACAGGUCACAGACGAGGGUUUAUAUGAAUUUUUGAAGCUAUUACCCCAACUUGAAUAUGUGUCGUUUCAUCCUUGCAGUAACAUUCGAGGUUCGUAUGACCAACCAGUUCCCCUAGAAAAGGAUAUUCAUUUUGGAGGUGGAACUCUUUCCAAACUUGAAUGCAUUGAUUUUGGAAGCAAGGAAUACUCCUUCAACACAAGUGAGGAAUUUGACAAAUUUGUUACCACUCUCCGAUCUGUGGCUCCUCAUUUGAAAUAUUUGGGAGAUCUUUUGGAUAUUGACGUGAGCAUGGAUGAUAAGAAAAAAGUAGUCCAACUCUUUUCCGAUACUCUUACUGAUUUAGAUGUAGGCUUUACGGUAAACCAUUUAGCACCAAUUCUGCCUAAAAAUCUUACUUCCUUGCGCAUGAAGAUUAAUGAUGAAUUUGUGAGCCAAAAUGUGCUAAAUCAAUUACAGCCCAAUCACAGCCUUAAAAAGCUGAGCAUUACUGUUGGUCGACAAAUUUCACCAGAAAUCAUUGUGGCAAUUAUUGAAAAAUUGGCUGUGGAUAUUUAUCCAUGUGUGACACAUCUCGAAUUUUACUCAACAACAAAGCAAAAAAAAGUUUCAACCAAUCCGCAUGGCGAGAUCUUGGAUACUGUUUUAAGCAAUAUCAAAAUUUGGCCAAAUUUGUGUUUUUUGGAUGGGGAGGUAUUGUCGAUGAACAGAAUUUUAGCCGUUCGACCAAGGCUUAGAUUUUACUCUAUGUGGGACAAUGAUUUGAAUUUUGACGACAAUGUUUCCUUGUUCUAUUAUCAAUGGUUGGUCCUUGAUCAACCCUUUGAGGAAUGGUGA